AAAAUCUCUUCCGUGUAAUAUUCGGAAGGGAGACCUCCGUCGGUUUCAAAGAUGGAGAAAGAAUCGAAGGGGAAAUGGGAAGGAAAGGUAUCGGCGACUCUGAGAAAUGCGUCGGCGGAGCAGACAUGGGAGGUGGUGAAGGACUUCUUCAACCUUCACAAAUGGUUCCCCACUCUGGCCACCUGCUACGGCAUCCACGGCUCUAACGGUGAGCCCGGCUGCAUUCGAUUCGCCUCCGGCUCCUCCAUCCCUUCCGAUGGCGCCGAUCAGCUCGUCAGCUGGUCGAAGGAGAGGCUUCUUGCCAUCGAUCACGACGAGCGCACGCUCGUCUAUGAAAUUGUGGACAGCAAUAUCGGCUUCAACUCCUACCGCUCAACUAUGAAGGUGUCGCCCAUGGUCGCCGACGGCCGGCACGGAUCUUUGAUAGAGUGGCAUUUCUCCCUCGAUCCUAUCGACGGCUGGGUGCUGCAGGACUUGAUCGCCAAAUACGAUCUUGGUCUUCAACGGAUGGCUGCCAGAAUGGACCAUCAUUUUCAUACUGCAAAUUCACUCAAUGCUAAAUAGCCCUUCUUUCUGCAAAUCUGUAGCAAGACUGCUACUCUUUGCUAAUGCGCUUCCCGUAGUCUUGCCAGUAAAAGUAUUUGAUUUAAUUUAUGACUUGUUCUUUAUUUUAUUUUAUUUCUCUCCGCGUUCCAAUUGAUUUCUGAUGACUUGUUUCGCUGAUCA